GUCUCUUUCUGACGCCAUUACUCUUUGAAAUCCUCGACCUCUGUCCAGAACUCCAGAUAACAUAUCUUUCUCCACCGGUCACAUACACUUAUUAGACUUGGAACUCUCUUAUCUUUUCUACCAAAGCUUCCAGUCACUCCAAAUCUCCAACAACAAAAAUGACAAAAACAAGAAUAGAAGAGGAAUCCCAACUCGGCCCAACGAAAGAGCUAGAUGCCGGAGCUCUCUUCGUUCUCAAAUCCAGAGGAUCAUGGGUGCACUGUGGGUACCAUCUAACGACGGCGAUUGUGGGUCCGCCGGUCCUGAGUCUACCCUUUACGUUUGCGAUGAUGGGAUGGGUCCCCGGCGUUUUCUGCUUAGCAAUUGGAACUAUGGUGACCUUCUACUCCUACAACCUUCUCUCACUGGUGCUGGAACGCCAUGAAAAGCUUGGGCAGAGAACGCUUCGGUUCAGGGACAUGGGCACUACUAUUCUAGGGUCAAGGUGGGCCCGGUAUUAUGUGGGCCCAAUUCAGUUCUCGGUAUGCUAUGCUGCUGUUGCUCUUUGCAUUCUUCUUGGUGGGCAGAGCCUUAAGGCAAUUUACAUUCUCUCUACCACAAAUGAGAAGAUGAAGCUUUAUGAAUUUAUAGUAAUAUUUGGAGGCCUGAUGCUGCUUUUGGCUCAAAUUCCAUCCUUCCACUCCCUGAGACACAUCAAUCUUAUUUCAUUAGUUCUUUAUCUUGCUUACAGCAUUUGUGCUGUUGUUGGUUCCAUAUACAUUGGAAAAUCCAAGAAUGCAACACACAAGGACUAUUCACUGAAUAGUCAUGGUGCAGAUCUAAUGUAUGGUAUCUUUAAUGCUAUUGCCAUCACUGCUACCACCUAUGGGAAUGGAAUCCUACCUGAAAUACAGGCAACCAUAGCCCCUCCAGUCAAGGGGAAGAUGUUCAAAGGGUUAUGUCUCUGUUAUACAGUAACAACAACAACUUUCUUUAGUGUUGCUAUCUCUGGGUACUGGGCAUUUGGCAAUCAAGCUCAAUCAACUAUUAUCAGCAACUUCAUAGUUGAUGGAAAGCCUUUAAUUCCCAAGUGGUUUAUUUUGAUGACCAAUGUCUUCACUCUUCUACAAGUAUUAGCCAUAACUUUGGUUUAUUUGCAACCAACAAAUGAGAUUUUUGAGCAGAAAUUUGCUAAUCCAAAAAGCCAUCAAUUUUCCACCCGCAAUGUCAUUCCAAGGUUAUUUUUUCGGUCUCUUUCAGUGGUCGUCGCUACGAUCAUCGCUGCGAUGUUUCCAUUUUUCGGAGACAUUAUGGCCGUCAUUGGAGCAUUUGGGAUCAUACCUUUGGAUUUUGUUUUGCCAAUGGUUUUUUAUAAUGUGACAUUUCAACCAUCCAAAAGAAAUCCCAUCUUCUGGAUAAACAUAUCCAUUGCUGUAAUCUUCUCUGCAUUGGGGGUGUUGGGAGCAAUAUCAUCUGUUCGCCAAAUAAUUCUUGAUUCCAAAACUUAUCAUUUGUUUGCUAAUGUGUGAAGACGUUGGCGCCAAUAUAUGAAACUUUAAACAAUGUUGAAUGGUCAUC